AUGGGCAAAUCUAGCUCAGGCCGGCAACGAACCGGCUCAGAAACAGCGUCCCGGUCCGAGCGACGACGAACUAGCCUUCGCGACUCGACAGAUGGACGCGCCGUCACAGAUUCAUCUCGGCGCACGUCCGGUCGUCGCGAUGAUUUCGACCGCGGCCAAGAAACCGUUCCUCCCUUCAGCGAUGCAGGCCGUUCAGUGCCAUCAAGCAUCUCACGGUCCGCGGAAGGCAGCUUCGUCACCGCGCUCACGGCCGAGCCAAGUGAGAUCACCGAGGCCUACCGCGAUGAGACAAGAAGAAACAAGCGAGGCAGAGAGUACGAAGAGACGGGCAACGUAUCACACAGGACCGACAGAACUUCUACAUCCGAAACCGCCCGGAGGGCACUCAGCGGUGAGGAGUCGAGGAACGUGUCCAGAAGAAACAGUGACCGAAGUCGCCGCGACUCCCGCAAGUCCAGCAGGGCAAUCCAGGAGGACCUCACAGGCGAUCGGGUGACAGACAUUGCUUCCCUCCCGGAGAAUCAGUUUCCAGGCGCAUUUCCAGCCACUUACUCGAAGCCGUACCGACCUCCCGGGCUGGCCGCUGAGUAUUAUGGUGACCAGGGAGACUCUGUCGCCUCUCAACCGGGCGUGCGGCCCAAUCCACCAAGCAUUGUCACCAGCGCCGAACAGUCGCAUCUAAUGGAGCCGGCGAUUGAACCUCGGCCUCCCCCUGAACCAAGCAGUCUGGGCCAGAUCGGUGCCGCUGCCAGUUACUUCGACGCCGGUGAUUCUCACUGGCACACUGAAGCAUACUCGACUCCUCCGAAAGCCAGUAAGCCAAACAGAUACGACGAUCAUGGUGCCAGUCCAAGAACGAGCCCCCGGCCCAAUGGUAGUGGGCCAAGACCACAGAUUCAUGGACUCGGCGAUGCGAGUCCCUAUAACGUUCCUGUCACGCCCAUUGUCGCCGGCGCGGCCGCAGAGUACUAUUCUGGUUCGAGUGCAGGCGCGAUGACAAGCUCAGUAUAUCAAACACCAUCCCGACCUCCGAUGGUGUCUACUUUUGGUUCGGCUCCAUCAUCUGCCCCUGCUGGAUUCGGGGGCUCGUCGCAGGGUCACUCGAACACAGCGUUGUACGGCGCCGGUGCACUCGCCGGUGCCGCGACCGGCGCUUACAUGGCAGCCCACGCUCACGACGAGCAUUGGCACGGCCAGCCCCAUCCUCCUGGCGCUAGCAGUAGUCAGCCAGCUUUUCAUGCUUCAUCAAUGCAGCACGCUCACCGCCACAGACACAGGGGACCACUCGGCAAACUUGUGGACUGGAUUCAGGACCCCGACGCGGUGGCACAAUAUGAGCAAUACACCGAAGCCAUUGGGGUUUGCAAGUAUUGUUUCGAUCCCAGAAGCUCUCCGGCAGAUGCCCCGAGAAGACAUCAUUAUCGUCGCCGAAGGCCUUCCUCGGGCAGUCGGUAUGGAAGUACCACCCGAGUUGACAAGACCGCGAGAUACUCGUCCGAUGAAGAGCGACGAAGGCGUUCAGGGGCAAAGAAGGUCGUUGUCGGAGGUCUAGCUGCCUACGGCGCGGCCAAAGUUGGGGAUGUCCUUCUCAAAACAAAUCACGAUUUCGAUGACACGCACUCAGUCAAGUCUGGACAACCAAUCGAUCAAAGCCGGGCUGGCCGCCAGGACCGGGAUGUUGGCUCUGGCCGCAGAGCAAGGUACUACUCGUCCUCGGAAGAUCUUCGAACGCAAAGACACGAAAGUCAUCGAACCAGGGCGAAGCCUCACUAUCGUGUCGACAAGAGAAAUUCUCAUCGGCGCGAUUCAACCUCUUCCACUUCAUCUUUCUCUUCUUCUCACGGCCGUUCAUACGGCGCAGCGAUGAGAGCUGGGCUUGGUGCUGCUGGACUGGCCGCCGGUGCAGUAGCAUUGGACAAUAAGUUACGGGAUCAGCGCAAAGGCAGGAGUCGUUCGCCCUCUCCCCGAAAGAAGUAUUUCUCGAAAAGGGUCUCUCCCAUGCAUUCGUAUGUAGAUCUCUCAACUACGACCACGGGACGGGGUAGCCUGGUAGGCUUCUUCACAAGCCCUUCGGCCAACAAGCGGAGGGGCAAAAAGCCAAAGGGAUUUUUCAAUUUUGCAAACUCUUCAAGUUCCUCGUCUGAUGCGGAUCUCGCUUUUGGAGAGGGCACUGUGCGUCGGAAGGACUCCAGACGACGGCGUGAAGAGAGUCCAACGAAGCGCGACAGGCGCAGUUCUACGAAGGACAUGAUUAAGCUUGUGGCUGAAGGCAACGCUCUGGCUGAGGAGAGCGAUCGACGAAAGGGUAAAGGUAGGGAAUCAUUCAAUGCUAAUGAAAUCGCAGGCCGGGGCGGUGCAAGAUCGAGUCACGACAGAUUUUCAAAUGAUGGCCCAAGUGUUGGACACGAAGAUGGUUGGUAUGAUAUCAAUGAUGACGACGAUGAUCGAUCCUCUAGCAGUGUGGAUAUGUCACUUGCUUAUGGAGAAGAAGCCUCAGAAUGGUCAAAUCGAGAUUCUCUCGGCCUUGGCCAUGGGGGUCCGAAACCGACCCACGGUCGAGGAAGCAACGGCCUGACGAGGCACGAGCAGGGGCGGACACAAUAUUAUCCCACAUCAGAAUAUGGCGAAGGCCGCAAAGCAUCUACCUCGGCAGCCGCUGGUACUUCGACGACUAAUUCAGGGAGGUCAGUAAUCCACGAUAGUCUACCUCCUAUGCAACCCUUCGAGCAUCGACCAAUUUCGGGCGCGAUAAUACCAAAUACCGUCGAGGACUAUACAGGUCAAGCUCAUGCUCGGGAUAACAGCUUCCCUCAAUCUACUCGAAUAGCAACACAUUCUGUGCCUUUGCGGCAGCCUCAGCCCUUCGCGCCUGUGGCCCCAUUCGUCUACGACGAGACGUUCGGAUCCAGGAGCCAGGAUUACUAUCCCGCAACCCCCCCUUUCGAUGUUUCUGAGAGCAAGCGGAAGUCUGCCAGAGAUGCCGGUGCCUCAAACCGUUCAAGACGGGACUCGAGUCCAGCGAAAUUGUCGUCACAAGAUUCUAGACGCUCUAUGGGCUCCACUGUUAUAGAUGAGCAGUCUAAUCAUGAUAGGAGCCAGACCCGAGACAAACCAAGAAACAAGAAAGACAGACGGGACGAGGAAGGCCGACGGAAAACAGCGGAUCUUGCGCUUACCGCAGCAAUAGGCUCCAAAGCAGCCGGUCUAGAUACCCAUGAGACAACAUCUAGCCCGAAAUCCUCGCCCGAAGCCAGCCGGGGGUCAGUUGAUUCUACAGAUGAGCAAAUGGCCAGGAUCGAGCGCGAACUUGAGCGCCUCUACCAGGAACGUCGGAUGAUGAAAGACCAAGAGGGCAAGCAAAGGAACCAGAAACCAACCAAGGGAGUAGAUUUUGCGGAACCUCUACUGAUGGGUAAAACUGAGGUGCGUGGCUCGAGCCAGGGCACGACAAAACUCCGCCGAAAGCCAAGCCUGAAGAAGACCAAGGAUCCGGGGGCGGAGGCGGAGGCGGAGGCGGAGGCAGCGGCGGGUUCCAAGCGCGAAUCCCAGCAAGAGUCCAUUGCGGCGCACCGUGUGAAAUCGACUCCUUCUCCGGUAUAUGAGGAUUACGGGGCAUUCUUUGUUCCGAAAGAGCUUCAAGAACAUCUCAAAGAACACAACGACAAGGCCGAACACAGGGAUGAUAUCGAGGCAAAUGUGGUGGAAAUUGCUCCAGGCGCGGCAAGGCCAAAGCGACAGCAUCCAUUCGAUCCUUUUCAUUAUCGUCCUUUCGGCCUAGAGCUAGAUGAUGACCCGAUGAUGCAUCCUUGGCCUGUGCCACUGCUGGAGCUGGUUGAACCAACGCCGCCCGGCAGUCAGACGCACAGCGUUCUAGGGGACACCAGCCCCGUCAUUACCGCGAGAUCUGCCGAAGAACAUGUCGAUAUAGGGGAGCCACUGGAGCGCGAACACACCGCGGAGAUCAAGCCGACUCCCGUCGAUGGCGAUACUUAUUUCGACAAAGUCCAAACCCCAAGGGAUGACCCGGCUGAUGACACUCCCCUCUUCGGGUCUCAGGUUGGCGAUGAUAGUGCGAUUCAAGAUUCAGAUGCGGUAGACAGAGGUGAGCCUGGGAUCAGCCGUGUGUGGACGCUAGGAGAGAAGGAGGCGGAGGAGCUCGAGCGCCGGCUUCCUGUCGUCGAUGAUGCGCCUCAGAUAAGUCGGGCCUGGACAAUCGAUGACAAGGAAGCUGAGCAAAUCGUCCAUGAGAUGUCCGGUGGAUUAGGGGACGAAGCUGCCGCGAAGAACGGACCUCAGAUCAUUGAAGUCGAGCCCAGAACCCCCCAGCUCCCCAGCCCUCCUCUGAUGUUUGCCGAACCCGAGAGCAUCGGCCAAGAGCAGCCUGACAAAGCUCACCAAAGCCGAGUUGUCUACCAAAGUCCUUUCACAGAGUCCGUCAGUGAUCUUGGAGCAAGGGCGAUUGACCACGAGCAUGCUCAUACUUCGGUUGCCUCAAACCCGCAGGAAACCAAUGAUGAUCGUGGAUCGCGUGGACGAGAAGAAGACGAACCCGCCACAGGUGGACGACCUGGUCAAGAGCAUGCAAUAACCUCAAACGGAGUACAACCAGCGGUGCCAUCGGGGCACAACUCUGUUGCUUCCGAGACGGCGCCUGCGUUCGUACCACCGUCUGAAGGGCGUGAUCGUGACCUUGACGACAUAGUUGACCCUAACGGAAAGCCGAUCGCUGACUCUACAAUUCUAGAAUCUACAAAACCUGAGCCAUCUAGUACUCGCGAUGGAUCGAGAGACGAGCAAGCAUGGUUGGACUCGGAAGUAGACUUUCGAUCCGAUCGCGAAGACGGGGUACGUUCGACCAGUUCGAAACGAUCUAAGACGUCGAGGCGUGCAUCUGGGAGUGAUGCCGGAUCUGGGACCAAAAGCUCUCGUCGAGCCAAAGGUCAGUUCACUGCCGAAGAAGAACGCCCAAAGACACCCCGCAGAUCUCAGACCGAGGGCGGCUCGCAUUCUCUUUCAAACAAGGACAAGGAUAAGAAGUCUUCCGGUUUCUUGAGCAAUCUCUUUUCCAGCUCGAAGAGCGAUGUCAGCACUUCGAGCAGAAAGAGUUCAAGAUCAUCGAGGUCCGAAGAACUAGCCGAGCCCGGACUGGAUGGUCAGAAAGAACGCCGGAAGAAGCGCAGAUCUAGGGACAAAGACCCUGAUGAUCUCGCCUCGACUAUCCCUCCAUCGGCCAGACUAACUCGACGUCUUUCUGACCCUUCAAACGGAAUUACCCACGAGCCAGUAACGUCCCGAGAUCAGAGUGUGGAUGACGGCUUCGUUUCUGCAGAGCAAUCUCCCGAAAGACAUGGCGAGUCUUUUUUAGAGAAUCGCCCCGAAAUGCCACUACCAACGGUCACAGGUUCACAGACAGGUCCUAAUGGUGUCUCGGGGCAAGCUCCCGCCCCCCUGACAGAAUUGCCAUUCCAGCCCCUGGCCGGGCUGGAUGUUUCUGUCGACGGGCAAACGAAUGCUUUGGGGCACGACAAUGCCCCUAAGCUCACGCCCGAAGAAGAGGCUCAGAAGGCUGAAGAUGGUACAGAGGCUUUCCAACAACCCUCGUCGGUGCCGCCACCAUCUGCUUCCUCGCGCCGCCUCUCUGCAAUAAGGACCUCCGAUGAACCUUCCAGUCCAACGCUCACCAGUUCCCCAACGGCUGUUCCGUUGCACUUCCGGCGACCACCUCUCUCGCCCACCAACGCACGCUUCUCAAUGAGCUCACCGAUAGCCUCUCCAAGCUCUCCGUUGACAACACCGCGCACCCGCCAGGGGCGUCCCAAAUCAACCGAAUUCCGAUCAAGCACAGAGUUCCGACCGCUUUAUCUGGUUGAAAGGCAGAACUAUGCAAAGAGAGUACCAAGUCCUGAGACGACAGAAAAUUAUCCAUCUCUGCCCUCGAGCAAAACAAGCUCGGCACAUCCCUCGAUGGAAGAUCUCCGCGCUGAGGCACAAGCUCAAGAACAACCGGAGUAUUUCACCCUCUCACGUAUCAACGCCGAUAUGUUCCGGGGAAGACGGCACAGUUACUCUCACUGGCACGAUGGAGAAAAGAGGCGUGAGUCUCCAGACUAUUUGGAUUCCAGAUCAGCCACCCCAGUCCCCGGAGAACAUCAAAGAGCUCGCGAAAGGGAAAAGAAGGCUAAACCUAGGUAUGAAUUUCAUUCGCCGAGUGAGCUGUUGCAGGAUCCAGCUGCGCUGCCUGAAGUACCUGCAGUGGAUGAGGAUGCCGGGUUGGCUAGUCCUCUUCCUAGCAUUGUAAGCACCGAGGCCGAACAGGACUAUAUGAGCGCGCGGAGCCGAAGCUUGUCUUCGACAAGAGCGCGAAGUGUCAGCCGGGGUCGAAAAACUGCUUCGAGCUCUAGAUCCACUUCUGCUUCCUGGAAAGACGCUUUGUCGACCACGAUAGCUGCUGCUACCGGAGUCGUGGCGGGCUUGACGGCACAUACAUUGGGGAAGACGUCGACUGAAGAUGACGACGUCAAAAGUCGCGAGAUCCCCGCCGAGGGCCCAUCAGCACAUAGUGGGCUAGAGUCGUUCGAGACCGUCAAAGACAUUCAAGAAGUGGCUGGUCCAGAAGAUGCAGGUCAGACCCAGCAACUUCAACCAGAAGCGGAGCUUUUCCAUGGAACAGCUGAUUUGUCGACGGGACCUGAGUCUCGAGCACCCGCCGAACUUGCAGAGGCAAUAGAGGUUCACAGCCCUGAUUCCAGAUUGGAGCCCCCAGCAGAGACGACUGGUGCAUCCCCUUCACUCGCCCCGAGUGCCCAGGGUAGCAAUGUUCCACCAAUUGGCGGCGAUAUUCCAGAAACCGAUUCCAAAUUAACCAGCGCCCCUGCAUCAAAGAGCGCCGAAGACGACCUGUCAGGAUUGGCUAAGGACGGAUCAGCAUCAGCGACAGAGGCCAAUCUUGACAAACAGAACCUCCCAUCUCAGGAUGGUUUGGUAGAGCAAAGUCUUGAGGAUCACGUAACUUCCUUUGUGGUAAAGCCAAAAAAAUCCAAGAAGGAGAAGAGAAAGAAACGCAAUGCGCUGGCAUUUGAUGAAGAGUUGACAGGCGAGCCACAAGGCAUCCUCCCUCCUGAGUCGGUCAAUACUGAAGUUGGCAAAAAUCAGGAGCCUGCAGCCGCCGUGCUACCACCGACUGUCGCGUCAACUGCUGGGGAGUCUCCUUUCGAAGAUGUUCACUCGAUCCAGGGGGAGUCAACGGGUGGGAAGGAACCCAUACCGACUCUACAUAAAGUUGGGGAUGCCUCUACAUCACCUGAGACUAUUUCCUCUAGCCAGCCUCCUCUUGCACCCGUGCCCUCAGAGAGUGUUCCCUCCGUGCAUACUCUAACCGAGCCUACACCCUCUAGCUACUUUGAAGAGGGAGGUCACCAGACUGAGGAUCAGGAACGGCCACACGCUAUCAAACUCGAUGAACUGACAAAUGCCGCAAUACAACCACUCCAGCAAACUGGCCCUGAGGUUCCGGACGAGUUAGACUCGGGCAAAUCAGUCCCGCAAGGCGAUGACUUAUCUGUUACAUCCAAUUCGAAGACUUCACAAGCAGACUUGGACCCUCUCGAACAAGCCUUUGAAGCGGCCGUUCAAGCUAGGGGUUUGAGUGACGGCGCGAGCCUCGAUGCAGCAUACCAAGCCUUCCAGCCAGAUGCCACUGACCAGCUUGAUGUGGGUGGCUCUCCAUUGACUACGAUCGAGGAAGAAAGCGAGGCACCCACGACUGCGUCCGAAAAAGAUGCAGUGAGGGUUGCACACGAGGCUGUUCCCGAGCGUAAACUCUCGAAGAAGGAAAGACGAAAGGAGAAGAGGCUCUCGAAGAAUGUCAACACUGAAGAUGAGUUACCGGAACAAGAGCCUAUUGAUCGUGAGCAGGAAAUCACACCAGUUGAUGAUUUUCAGGCGCCCGAAAGCGAGGGGAUUACAAAAAGGCCUCUGGCUGAUGUGGACGCCUCUAAAGACGGCUUUGUAGGCAGCUUGGACUCGCCGAAUCCCUUCGGCAAUGACUUUGAAAUCCAUCACGGUGAAGGCGACGAUCCGAGUAUCGUCGGCCAUUCCAGUGCUGGAGAUCCGAUUUCAGUGGAGGCAGAAUCCACUGAGACGCCGCAAAGUGAUCCUAAGCCAGAGGCGGGAGACGAGGAAUGGCCAACUACCUUUGCGUCGAGUAAAAAGACCAAGAAGGGUAAAAAGAACAAGAAAAGGCAAGCCCUGAACUGGGACGUCAGUGAGCCAGCUGCAACCGAGGAUACUGUGCCAUCGGCCAAGGAAGGCAACGUUUCUCAAAGCACUGUCUCAGCUGGUUCUGAAAAUCAGAGCGAGUCACUGCCCGACACAAGGGCCGCCGAUCAGCCGGUCUCUCUUACACCAAAAGAUGUCGGCACCACAACCGGGGAGCACGCGGACGCUUCGCAACCUCUACCAACGCUAUCUGAAGAGCCUUGGGAGAUGAGCUACAAGAAACCCAAAAAGUCCAAGAAAAAGAGUCUUACCUGGGCUGACCAGAGCUGCAGUGGUCAGUCAGUACAAGAUGCACACCCAGCUACAACUUCCCGCGGAUCCGAACUGAUCGCCAAUGACGACUCAAGCCCCAGUCAAGGCCCGCUCUUCGCAGACAAAAUUGCUGAAGAACCAUUGAGUGAUGAACUGCGAGUGGCUUCGGCCGACGAUCAGCAACAGAUUUCGACCGCAGAGAGUGUGGAUGCUUCUCAACAUCGCGCUGCACCGCCUGAUACUCCGGAAGGCGUUGAGACUCCAGCCAUCGCGGACGCACUAGCUGACGAUGCAGCACUGAAAGGGGGUCAAGAUACACUCGGUCUAUCUGAGGCAGUUGAUGGUCAAGAAGAGACAGCCCAUGGUGAGGUAUUGCACCCUGGUGACUUGAACCUACCAGAGGAUGCAACCACACCUGUAGCCGAGCAAGGUCAGAAUGAGGCUACCAUCGGCGAGUCGGGUCGUCAGAUGGAGUUUGCUCAAGACCUCAAUCCCGCCGAACAAACGCGUCAAAUGAUGACUGAUACCGCUGGUGUUAUCGAGGAUGAAGCAUCACAGGGGGCUGACAAGACUUCUACUCCCCACCCGGACGACCUCGCAGAUGUACUGGUGCCUAAUCAAGAGAUCCCUCCAGCAGAACAGGGCGUCACCUCCGACCUCGCCGCAACACCAGACUCGCAUGUCAAUGUAGAACCUCCGGCAGAGCAACAUGCUUCGGAAGAAGACUUCUUGUUUCCAGUAACUACCAAAAAAUCAAAAAAGGACAAGAAGAAGAAGAAGAAAAUGUCUGCUUUCGAUGACCUCGAAGCUCCAUCAGCCGAAGCCCCAUCAGCCGAAGCUCUAUCAGCCCCCACAGGAAAGACGAGUGAGGUCGAUGUAAGAGAGCCUGCGCCAGCUCCUGCUUCAGAUAAGUUGAAGACCAGUGAAACGCGAAAGUCUGGAGACGUUUAUGGACCAGACGAAGAUGCUGGACGGGCAGACGGCCAAGAGAAGGUCAUCGAUGAUGCCGAAGAUUUCACUAGCAACGCAAAGUCAAAACGGUCGAAGAAGGAUAAGAAGAAGAAGCGGCGGGAUCGUCUCGAUGAUUUCGAGGACAGCUUCGGAAGCACACCUGGUCCUAAAGAAGAACUGCCAACGACAGAGACUGUGAGCGGAGACGUCGCAUCAUCACCCGCGGCGACUCCAGUGAGGUCUCAGUCCGCUCAUAGUGAGAACACGAUUCCACACGCAACUGAUGCGUUAGAAGGACUCAGCACUUCCGCUACCAAAGUAGCCUUUGGGGACUCCGAAGACCUGGGCAACAGAGCUGUUGACGAGCCUCCUGCGGUCGACAAUUUGGUAGCUGAGCCUGUCUUAGCUGAAGCCCCCUCAUAUGAAUCGCCCGCAGCUCAGCCUUCCCCUCUUGAGGGUUCAUCAGUACAACCACUAGAAACCCAGCCUUCCACAGUCAAGCCGCCUCCAUUUCAGUCUCCUGCAGUUGACACCUUCAUACCUGAGACCGUCAUAGAUGAAGUUGCGGUCCGCGAAGAAGCUGGGUCGGCUCCGCCCGAAAGCGUCGAUCAAGCUCUUGAUGAAGGCUGGGGCGUCCCGGUCAAGAAACGCAAAAAGGACAAGAAGAAACGCCAAUCUAAACUGGACGAUGAAAUUGGCGAUCCGCAGGCCCCGGAUCCUGGCACUGUGGAAGCAAGGAUAGACUCCGAGCCUGUCUCCAUCACGAAUUCAGCUGUCGAAACUCCCAAACGCGAAGACUCGAUCCUGGCCGUUGACGGAGAACCCCAGAAUGUUGGUGAAGAAGAGUGGAACCUGGCCCCAAAGAAGUCCAAAAAGGACAAGAAGAAAAAGCGUCGAUCGGAGUUGCAGACCAUAAUUGGUGAGUCUGAAGUACAACCUGAUCCGGCCGGACAGCCCACAUUCGAAAGCACCGGUGCCACCAAGGAUGAAGAAGGGCUGAUCCAACCCCCGGGCUCCGACGUGUUUGCCGGGUCUCAGGGGCGAGAAACAGAACGAGGUCUACCGAUUGAAGACAGUGGCACGGCCGCUUCGGGCGAGGAGUUUGGACAGCCUCAGAGUCCAGGAACAGCGGCAAAUGAACCUGAUAACACGCGGACCAUGGGAACCAUGGUAUCUGGAGAAUCAAAGGAUGAAAACAUUGAACACGAGGCUCUCUUGGACGAAGUAGGCACGCUCACAAACGAAGGAGAUUCAAGGCCUGAAGCGGAUCUUCAAGAGAUUGAGACACAACAAGCGAUUGAACUAGGAGGCGACGCUGAGGGGAGUGCCACUGAGAUCUCCGAUAAACAUAUUGGGUCCCAAGGUGAGGUUCAGAGUGAGAUUCCUGCCGACGAGCCAAUUCAUUCUGCUCGGGGCGUUCCAGGGCAAGACGAAGUGAUGAACCCCCUGGCAGAAUCCCCACAGCGAGAAAUCCCACCACAAGAUGAAGCACUAGAUCGGAUAGAGGACCCUGCUACUCUCCCGCCUCCACACACCAGCGCACCUUCAGAGCCAGACCUCACCACGUUUCCAGGGGAAAGCAGUGUGAAUGAAGGCCCAGCCUUGCCCGAUGGCGACUUGACGAGACUCGAAGACGAAGACGGCCAGGAAUGGAGCUUCACCGCGAAGAAAUCGAAGAAGGCCAAAAAGAAAAAACGGCAAGCGACGUUUGAUGACAGCGUUCUCGAGUUGCCCACUUCAGUCGCCCAGAUUGAGGACCAGGGUGUUGAGGCGCAAACAAAUCUGGAACAUGUCCAGGAUGCAGAUCUUCUGGCAAACCCAGCAGAGAAAGACAACCUCACGCCUGCUGUCCAAGGAGGGCCAGUUGAGCCUUUCGUCGAAGAAGAAUGGGCAGUGUCCAAGAAAAGCAAGAAAGAAAAGAAGAAGAAGAAGCGUCAGUCGACAAUCGAUGAGGCCGUGGCCGAACCGAAAGUGAAGCUUGGGGCUAGAGAGGGGCAGCCAGACCUGGGUCCAACGGUCCAGGUACAGGGAGAAGAUAUCCCCGAGAGCGAUUCUGCUAGGGGUAUGGCCGAAGCCAUUCCCUCCGAAGCCCCUACUAAGACUUCGACCUUGGAAGUUGUCCAGUCCGAAGAGCAAGAUGAAGUAGGUCCACAUCAUGACUCCGUUGAAAAUGAUGCGAGCUCCGCGAAGCAAAAGAUUUUUGCUGCCGAGAACCCCAUUUCAGUCUCGGUUAAUACCGAUGGGGAGGUUCUCGACGCUGGGAGCAACGGCGAACGAGAGGCGGGUUCCAAGUGCCUGGAGGGCACGCCACCGACCUUAGCUGCCGACCAAGCUGUGGAAGAAUCAACCCAGGCAGAGCCUCUUUCCGUCCUUGCCGCCACAAUUCACAACGAUCAACUAGCGUCAGCCUUGCAUCCGCUUGAAGAGGACCGGGAUUUCCCCACAUCCAAUGAAGAGGGCAAGAUUGAAGAGUAUGGGGUCAUACCAGAUGCUGCUUCUUCUGCACUGAGGCCGACAGCAUCAGGCGAUCCUCAGAUACAAAUACUGGAUGGCAAAUCCCAGCCUUUAGACACGUCGUAUGAUGCGAAGGAGGAUCAAAGCGAACUGAAUACACCCACGAACGCGCCUGAUGCAGCCGAGGAUGGAAACGCCCCGUCGAAGAGAUCGAGGAAAGAGAAAAAGAAGAAACGGCCAACGAUCGAUCAACCUUUGCUUGAACAUCAGCUGCCUGAGCUUCAACACAGUACAACGUCAACAGAGGAAUCGGCCAGAGAAGCUGAAGAUACUAUCAACCGCCAGGAAACUCCAUUACAGGACGUGGAAUCUCAACCACUGGGCGGUACAGAUCUUGCAGCGAUUAGCCCACUUGUCACCUCAGAGACAGGCAUAGAAGAAGACAAGUUUCGCAUCCCAACGGCUUCCAGCGGAUCAGCAAUCGCUACUGAGGAACCUACCCAGGCUGCUCCGUCUCGCAAAACGUUUGAUGGAGAAGGUGGCGGCGACUUCCCUCCGACAAGUGCCCGAGACCAAGACACCGUUGUGCCAAUGGUUCAAGACUCACCGCCUCUGACUACACACCAGGACUCCCCGUCAAAGGAUUUGAACACAGAUAAGAUGCAGGCCGAACUUUCUGCUGUUGAUAACACUAUUGAGCCAUCAGAAGCAGCAGUCUGGGCUGCCGGAGUGUUGGAACCGGAGGCUACUAUCCCCGAGGAGACCGACAUCCAGGCCAAUCAACCAGUUCCUGCCGAGCCUUGUCCAGAAGAUGAAUGGUCAAUCCCGACCAAGAAGUCGAAAAAGAAGUCGAAAAAGAACAGAUCUUUGGCAGCGCUGGAGAGUGAGGACCACAACGCUCCAGAAGAAGAAGCCUCAGUACAGACAGAAGAUCAAUCUAGAACCGCAGAGAUCACCGAGGACAUCCCCCCGACUGAACAGAAAGCUAUUGUACCGCCAGCCGAUGAUGUUGAAGGCGAUUUUACACCCAUCAGUAAGAAAAUGUCCAAGAAAGACAAGAAGAAGAAGAAGAAGAAGCUAUCCGCGUUCUCGAGUGCCGCGGCUUUCGAGGAGACAGAGCUUCCUAGGGACUCGGAAGAGGCUAUCCCCCAGACCCAGCCUGCACAAGAUGAGACUCAGCCUCCGAGCCCGCCCAAGGAACCUCGCGAUGAUGUUGCUACUUCUCACAGACCAACAGAAGUCCCUGGGACUGGCGCCACGCUUGCCGAGGACAGGUCAGUUAAUGUUACCGAGCAAACCACGGAAGACAUCCCAGCAGAGGCUAUGAUUACCGAUCGCCGGGACAUAGGGCCCCACGAGGACAUUGCUGCUGAGGAAGCCCAGCUCCCCAAGCGGAAGGCGAGCAAGCACGACAAGAAGACUAAGAAGGCAAGGAGACAAUUCGAGUUCAAUGGCAGCGAAGCACCUCCGCCUCCCCCUGUUUUAUCAGAGCCGGAUGAGACCAAAGAAGAUGUCUUGGAGAAGAGUAUGCCUGACGAAAGCCUACCAAUGUCGAUCCGUCCAGCUGAGGAGAAUGAUGAUCUAUCGGACGUGAGUGCAAGCACCCGUGAGAGACGCAGAAGGCGAAGAUCCCCUCCGGUUUGGGCAGGCGAGGAACCUGAAGACUUGCCAAACAGGCGGACCUUUACACCCCCUCAUGACCAGGACAUCAUGGAUACUGCGCUGGGGGUUGCAGCUGGACUUGGUUUCGGUGCUGGUGACAACGAAAUCUCGAAGGAAGUUUCCAAACCCCGGCUUUCUCCUGCUCGACAACAAACUGAAGGAUGGUCAUUUGCUCACCUUGCACCGGCUGGCGGUACAUCACACUUGGAUGCAAACCGAGAUAGUGGUGUCCAGUUUGAGUCACCAGUCAUGCCUAUGGAUCACUUUACCCGCCCGAGAGACAGUGGCUUUGUCCCCAGUCCAGCGGAUCAACACCCCGCUGAUACCGGUCUGAGAGACGUUGGGAACACUACAGUGCGUCCUCUCCGGCCUCAGUCGCCCACAAGCUCAACUGAAGAUGUCUCCAACAAGCCUUUCACAUCCCGACCACGCGACGAUAACACGUGGGAGACACCUAGAAGAAGACCAUCGCCAGUUGAGACAACCUCCAAGGAGCGAACGUCGGUUCUUUUCAAUUCUUCCCCGGCGUUGCCAACACCACCAACCAUAAAGCCUGGGUCCAGAAGCCCAGAAGCGCCGUCGAGUCCUUUGCGACGGAGUCCAAGCAUCCAUGGUCAUCGACAUAGCCGUGAAGACUUGGGACAGAAGGCCAGGGCGGCCCAUGCCCUCGAAGGCAACGACGAGCUUGCGUCCAACUUGAUCGCCAGGGCUGCCACAGCUGAGGUCAAUCGUUCCACGUUCGAGCCGGCCGACGAUGAGAUGGAUAGAGUGUUUUCCCCGACCAGGACUGCUCUCAACACCAUCCGUGAGGAUCCCGUCGAAGCGACGCUGCCUUCAAGUCUCGGCGCACCUCUCCUAGCAGCGGCGGGAGUCGGCGGCCUUGCUGCGGCUGCGGCUGCGGCUGCGCUUUCGAGCUCCUCACGUGACUCAACCGCAGCUAAAUCUCUUGGCAGAAGCAAGUCGAGAACCUCGUCACUUCGCAACUUGCGCAGCGCCUCCAUCUCCCCAUACGACCCGGCCAGUGCCGCGUCCAGCUCAUCCAAGGCCGUGGUCGAUGAGAGAGGCUCGGGAAACAUUGUCCCCCGCGAGAGGGACAUGGCGGACAUUUACGACGGGUAUGGCUCCUAUCCUGGUAGCCCUAAAUCGCCCACGCGACCUCCAAGUGUCCGGCGACGACAGAGCAUGCAACAAAUCAAGGACCUAGAGACCAGGCUAGAGCAGCUUGCUAGCGAGAACCGGGCUCUGGCCGAGGCCAAGAUAAUGGCAGAACAGCACCUGGAACAGGCCCAUUUCGAACGCAACAGAUCUGAGAACCUGGUGGAGGCUUCACGGAGCGCUACAGCUCAACUGCAGGAGCGGGAUGCGGAGAUUGCGCGUCUCAAGGAAGAGGUUGCAUCUCUGAUUGCCACGCACGAGGCUUUGAAGCAAGAAAAUGAGCAGAGUUUGUUCAGUCUGCAACAAGAACGUGACCAAGCACAGUCACGCUGGCAAGAAACUGCGAAUGAACUGGACACACUCCGAUCGCGUCAUACCGAGCUCUCGAGCGGUAUGGAAUCUAUCGUGAGACACGAGAUCGAUACCGCCCUCGCAGACAAAAACGCCGAGAUUCUACAGCUGCGUCAGGAGCUGGAAGACGCUAGGGACAAGAUUCGAGAGUUGCAGUCCCAAAUACUGCAGAAAGGGGCAGACGACGUGGUUGUCUUCCGUGACGAAGACUACUUUGACGCAGCCUGCCAGAAUCUCUGCCAACAAGUGCAAGGCUGGGUUAUGCGCUUCUCCAAAUAUAAUGACUUGAAAAGAUGCCGAAGCACAAAUGAGGUGCGGGACGAAAGGGUUGUCGACAGGUUUGACAACGCGGUCCUCGACGGCUCGGACGUGGACAUAUUCCUGGCCGAUCGAGUCAAGCGACGUGACGUGUUCAUGUCGGUGGUGAUGACCAUGAUCUGGGAAUACGUCUUCACCAGGUACCUAUUCGGGAUGGAUCGGGAGCAGCGACAGAAACUGAAGGCGCUGGAAAAGAAUUUAGCCGAGGUCGGGCCCGUGAACGCUGUACACCAGUGGCGGGCUCUGACCCUCACGCUCCUUUCCAAGCGGGAGAGUUUCCAGGCACAACGGGAAAGUGACACGGAAGCGGUGGCGCUUGAGAUCUUCAACACGCUGUCCAGGUUUCUACCUCCACCACAAAACCUGGGAGAACAACUUCUAAGCUCAUUACGGAAUGUCAUGCAGACGGCGGUGGGGCUCUCUAUCGAGAUGCGCACGCAACGAGCUGAAUAUAUCAUGCUCCCGCCUCUGCAACCGGAGUACGAUACGAAUGGCGAUCUGGCACGGAAGGUAUAUUUUAAUGCCAGUCUGAUGAAUGAAAGAAGCGGGGAGACGACGAGCAAUGAGGAGCUGGAGCGAAAUCAAGCAGUGGUCCGACUCGUGCUCUUCCCCCUGGUCGUCAAAAAGGGCGAUGAUCGUGGCGAGGGAGAUGACGAGAUUGUUGUUUGUCCAGCGCAGGUGCUGGUCGCUCGUCCGGACAAGGGCAAACCCGGCAAGGGCUCAGCACGAGUUGCCAGUGGCGGGAGCCAGGCUGACCGGAUGAGCGUGGAUGCUCGAAGUCUUCGAGCGGUGAGCACGCACAGUCUGGGAGCCAUGAGCGGCAUUGACGGUAACGACAACAUGAUUUGA